AUGCCGUCGCUUACCAAGGUCCUCCUCGCUUUAAGCCUCGCCUCCACUGACGCGUGGUUCCAGAAGACGUUCUGCUCCUACUUCGAGGAGCGCGCCAACAAGUGCAUGUGCCAGAACCUGCCGCAGGCGAUCGCUCUCGAGUUUGGAGAUUCAACUGAAAAUCUCGAGACGAACACGCAGUGGCUGGUCCAACCGGAGCAGAUCCUCACGUAUCCGUGCUCUACUGGCUACCUCGGCACGAGCAGCGCAGAAAUCAACAUGAUCGGGCAACUCGACGUUACUCGAGAGUCGAGCCUAGACCAUGAUUCCCGCACAGGCAACGCCGCCGCAAACUACGAACUCGAGCACGACAUCCAGGACGCCAUCACCGAUCUCGGCGAAAGCUUGAUUGAUUCGGUGAAGUGUGGCGUCAAGUGCGACAUCAACAACAACGCCGUCGCGAGCGGCACCCUCGACACCGGUAUCUACGAGUCCAACAACGCGAACUCGAUCUUGGAGGCGAACCGCUGGGGCUGGCCGAUCUACAAUCACGAGGAGAUCGAGUACCUCUGCGGCGCCCACCCGGGCGUCGGCCCCCAGUCCGAGCGCACCGGCGCCCUCGACAAGUGGUGGAUCGACAAGGGCUUCGGCGAGCUCGUCGACGGCCUGAGCGCGUGCGACUGCAAGACGGACGUGACCUUCGGCGACGGCUCCAUUGGUUCCAUUGCGACGGGCUGCUACCGCUGCGCCGGGACUAUCACGUACGGCAUCACCGAGUCCACCGGCUGCUACGUCAGCGACUCAGUGUCGAAUUUCAAUCGAUGCGAUAUAAUCGUGCCAACGAACGCGUCGCAUUUCCACACAGGACGUCGGCCACUAA